GCAAGCUGGGCGGAACCGGAAGAUGGUGUGAGCUCUGAGCUGCAGGGGGCCUGGGGCUCGGCGUCGGUGCCCGGGGGAUGUGGAGAGCUGGCAGUAUGUCUGCCGAGCUGGGAGUCGGGUGCGCAUUGCGGGCGGUGAACGAACGCGUGCAGCAGGCUGUUGCGCGGCGGCCGCAGGAUCUCCCAUCCAUCCAGCCCCGGCUAGUGGCGGUCAGCAAAACCAAACCUGCAGACAUGGUGAUCGAGGCCUAUGGACAUGGGCAGCGCACUUUUGGCGAGAACUACGUUCAGGAACUGCUAGAAAAAGCAUCAAAUCCUAAAAUUCUGUCUUUGUGUCCUGAGAUCAAAUGGCACUUCAUUGGCCACCUACAGAAACAAAAUGUCAACAAAUUGAUGGCUGUCCCCAAUCUCUUCAUGCUGGAAACAGUGGAUUCUGUGAAGUUGGCAGACAAAGUGAACAGUUCCUGGCAGAAAAAAGGUUCUCUUGAAAGGUUAAAGGUUAUGAUCCAGAUUAACACCAGCGGAGAAGAGAGUAAACAUGGCGUCCCACCUUCAGAGACCAUAGCCAUCGUGGAGCACAUAAACGCCAAGUGUCCUAACCUGGAGUUUGUGGGGCUGAUGACCAUAGGAAGCUUUGGGCAUGAUCUUAGUCAAGGACCAAAUCCAGACUUCCAGCUGUUAUUGUCCCUCCGGGAGGAGCUGUGUAAAAAGCUGAACAUCCCUGCGGACCAGGUUGAGCUGAGCAUGGGCAUGUCCGUGGAUUUCCAGCAUGCAAUUGAAGUAGGAUCUACAAAUGUCCGAGUAGGAAGCAUGAUUUUUGGAGAGCGGGAUUACUCAAAGAAACCCACCCCGGACAAGUGCGCAGCAGACGUGAAGGCCCCACUGGAGGUGGCACAGGAGCACUGAGCAGGAAAUACUGAGAGCACUAACUAUGCACUAACCUAGAUUUUCAUUUCGAUAUUCCCUGUGUCCCAGCGCAGUCCUGCUCUCCUGUGACCUGUGGAGAGCACUAAUGAUCACGUGUGUUGAUGGAAACCAUCUGUGCUUAGUCUGUGACAUAGGAAGCUUGCUUCAGGUAGUGGCUUUGGAUUGAGUUUGAGAAAUUCAAACAUUUCUGCAGAACAGAUACCAAAUCAAUAGCUAGGAGUCGUGUUCAAUAUUGAAUUCUGCCCAGGAGCAUGAACUGAUCCAUGAAUGCCUUUUCCAGGUUAAAA